GACGGAUAGGAGGCUCUCUGAUUUAUGCUACCGGGGACGCAGCUGUCACCCUCCCAUCUGCUUGCUUUAUGCUCUCCCUCCAUGCGAUCCUCUCCUUCUCCGCUCUCUAUAUAUUUCCUCUCCAAAGAAAUCUCUCCAAGAAAAUAGAAAGAGAGUAGUGCUGCAGUCAGGAGACUAGCACCAUUCCUUCUUCCGUGGCCUAUAUUUCAUUGGCUCCAAGAUGGUGCGAUGGCUCGUGGCUCCUCCUUCCGAUCUCUCCGUCUUAGAUCCACAAAGAGGAUGUCUCAAUGGGCAACAACAACAUCAGCAACAAUUGGCUCAUAUUGGAUAUGUUGUUCCUCAUACCACCUCAAUGCAAUCGUUUCACAGCCCUAAUGAUGACAAGAGAAGCAGAAAUAUUAGUUACAUUCACGACCAAAUUGGCGAUCAUGGCAAUGGCUGGCCAAAUCUUGCUGGCACUAAGUAUUUAACUAUUGGUGCUGCCACUACUGGGGAGGAGGAAAAAAGCAUCAAGGAGCAGAGCGACAAUUCGAGGAAGAGAAAGGCUGAGAACAUCUCUCACCAAAAGGUGGGAUGUGGCAACACUGCAGAGGAUGGCAAGAAACAUAAGAGAGUGAAAGAAGACAGAGUAAGAGGAGGAGAAACAGCAGCCAAAGAGAGCCCACGAGCCAACAACAAAAGGGAAGCCUCGGGAGACGCCUCCAAGGAGAACGUAGAGCCACCAAAGACCGACUACAUCCAUGUCAGAGCCCGUCGAGGCCAGGCCACAGAUAGCCAUAGCUUGGCUGAGAGGGUGAGGAGGGAGAGGAUCAGUGAGAGGAUGAAGUAUCUGCAGGAGUUGGUGCCCGGGUGCAAUAAUAUCACAGGGAAAGCCGGCAUACUUGAUCAGAUCAUUAACUAUGUUCAGUCUCUCCAAAGGCAAGUCGAGUUCUUGUCCAUGAAUCUCGCUGCUGUGAACCCGAGGCUGGACUUCGACAUUGAUCAUUUCUUCAACAGAGAGAUAAACGUAGCUUGCAAUUCUGGAGUCAUGCCAGUGACUGAUAUGUCAUCUGAGCAGUUGGACCCGUCUUAUGUUCAGUUCACCUGCUUGCAUCCAACAAGUGCUUGUUGCGGACUUGACAUGGCUAUGGAUUCCUCAGAUAUAGUCCUCCAUAGAACCAUGAGCUUGCCUGCAUCAGUGCCUGGGCCAAUCUUGGAUUCAAGUCUCAAUGUAAUUACUUCUAAAACCAUGUUCAUGAAAUUUAUUAAGAUGAGAGAAUGGAGUAAAAGUAGUAGCCACCUGCCCUUGGUCACAUUUAAAGGACAUUUUCAGGUUCAUGGAUCUUCUUCUUCUUGGAACACUGGCUUGCAGAACCUCUAUGGUGUGGAAGUUCUUCAAGGAAGGGGCCCUGCCUUUCCCUUUCAAUCACUGCAAGGUGAUAUCUUACCUUGCAAUCUCGAAAUGGAGAUGUAAGAAUAUAUAAAAACUUCUUGGAGGUUAAAUAUCCAUUUCGAAGCUCGAAGAUUCUUUACUAAAUACAUAUGUAAAUUGAUCUGAUCAAGCAUGACUACUUCUCAUUGAAAUAAACUCCCAAAGUGAUGUUCAUGUUGAAGGACUGAAAAAAAAAAUCCAUCCAUGUUCUACAACAAGCUGUUUACAAUAAUAUAAGCUU